CCUAGAUGCCCCCAUCCACAUCAUGGAAAUUGAUGCGACGGCGUCUUGGACGAUCAUGUUCGCGUGAGGGAUCCUCGAGUCGUGACUGGCCCGAGCUACCCCUGCCGACCUCCUAUUCCUUGUUUACUCUCGAUAGCGCCAAUUGCCGCCCGGACAACAGGGAAAUGAUGCUUGGAGCACGGCCAAAACAUGGCAAAGUGUUGCAUUGAAGCUCUACGGAGAGAGCUGUACAGUAGCUCCGGCUGCUGGGAUUUGGAUCCUCAACCUUCUUUGUCUCUUUCUCCUCACUCUCCCUCCUCCCUCCUCCCUUCAUAACCUUCUUUCACUUCAUACCCAGUUGCUUGUAUUUUGCCAAAACAACAGUCUCGCCAGUACUACGUGGUGAGGCAAGCGAUUCGAUAUCGGGAACACAGCUGAGGCCUGCUAAGCAGCUCUGAAACAGGACCGCUUGACCACCCUGCAUGCCCAAAAUUAAGAAACUGCCCCAUUUGUGUUUACCCUGGCCAACAUCCCUCAGGAUAACCUGGCCUUCCUCGCCGCCUCAUCCAAUCUUCACCAGGGAGUGAACGAACCUUGAUCGCUACCCCAGUGUGUCGAUUCUCGUCUCAUCAUCAACUUUCCCAUCCACUCCCUCCCCCCGUCCUUGUCCUCUCGCAACGGCAAACCAAAACCCCCAGUCUACAACCUUUUCCAAUCUAGAGGUCUCGGAGAAUUGACUUUGAGAAGGACGAUGGAGAACCAUAAUUGAUUUCUUAUUAUUCUGGAGAUUCGAGGACUUUCUCGGAUUUCUCGCUUUUCAUAAUAAUCAACAUGGGCAACGAACAAUCUGUUCCUGCCCCGAGACGGCCUCCAAACAAGCUAUCGAAACCCAGAACGAACAAUAACUCCAGUGCGAAUUUACUGAACCCGAAAUCUGCACCUCCGAGUCGACGGAACUCAAUAAUUUCAACGAGUGCAUCUCCAAAUAAAAGUCGGUUUAGCCUGCUGCCAACUGCAGUACCCGAAGGAGAGAAGAAGAAGGAAGAGAAGCAGAAGAAGAGGAGGAGUAUUUUCAGGUCGAAAAGCGCGCAGCCUAAAAGUCGCUAUCAAGCUGCGGAAUCAGAGGUUGAAGAUCUGUCUGCGGAUCCAGCUACCAUUCAGUCGCGAAGAUGGUCGAGACAACCUCGAGGAAGGGAGACGGCGCCUUUUGAAUCUGGAGAUGAGGGGGUGGAACCGCCCGUAGAAAUGAGACCUCCACCACCUCGAAAACGCAUGUCUCUCUCCCAACCAUACGGACACACGAAUCCACGGCUCUCACUCGUCGCCGAGCUACCUUCCCCAAGACCCGACCAAGCAGAUACAAUGCAGCGCUUAACUGGACACGAGGAAGAAGAAACAGCACACGUACCCAUAUCGCGAACGACUUCAGAAACGAACCUGUACGUACCCAUACGGAGGAGAUCGUUACUGCAGCAUGGAGUCGCGACGCGAACGAGUUACGUGGAAGAAGCUCGACAAUCACUACCGCCUCAACCGAGGAAUGUAGAAGAGAUCCAGAACUACUACUACAACCCCACCAAACCGACCUCGUCUCCCCUCGACCAGAUCGCAGCUCUUGGACCGCCGCCAGGUCCAAGAGUGGAAACUCCAACGGAGAUGGAUUAUGGACAUAUCGGUGCUUUCAAAUUGGGCACACUGAGAAUCAUGAAUGGAGCUGCGAGCCCAGCACCGAGUCUGGAACCUAGUCUACGGAGAGCUGCAACGAUGGGCCAGGAGGAAGAUUAUAUAAUGGCUGGCGACGCUCGGAGAAGUGCAGAGAGGGGCCAUAGACCACGAGCUAGCCAGAGAAGCAACACGAUUUCCGUUGCCCAAGAUAACAAGAAAGUUCCCUGGGUUGUUCGCGCGGAAUCGCCUCUCCGACAAGAUAUAGCAGAAAUGGGCGACGGUACACCAAGAACGCCUCUCCGCGAAACUCAACUGGAGUGGACUGUGGAGAAGGAGUCGCCAAUGCCAGCAAAGUAUGUUUUCAACCCACUAUCAAUUGAUAUUCCCGACCCCAGUUUUGCGUUGUUUGAUUUCAGCGCAUCUGAGACGUUAUUCAGAUCGACCGAGUCUCCUACGAAAGCGUUGGAAUUGGCGCAUGAGUAUCAGCAAGAUUUAGCAUUGAGUCCGUUCUCAUUUGAUAACUCGCCUCCUGUGUCUCCUACGUUGCAGGUGAUGAGCAAGCAUAUGGCUGUGGAAGAUGAUCUGUUUGCACCGGAACCGACGACUCCUGUUUUGUCGGAGAGGUUCCCGAGGUCGUUUGAUUCGGGUUAUGAGGGUGGUUUGCAUGCGAAGGUGGUUAAAGGACCGAGGGAUAUCACUCCGAAACUGUUGGCAAAGGCGGAUAGUGGGUAUAGCUCGAACGUGUCUUUACGGUCAUUCAAGAAGGACUCGACACCAGCUGCUGGUGAUGAACCACCGCCAACUCCACCGAAAGACAAUGUUCGUGUUGCAUCAAGCACGUACUCGGAAGAUUGGAGCUCAAGAGUAUCUUCGAGCACAUAUACAAUUGCAUCUAAUAGCUCCGAGACAACGCUGCGAGCUCAAAGAUCACUUCCUGCUCUACCAGUCGAGGAAAUACCCGAACAACCAUUCAGACAACCACCUCCAGUUCCCGCGAAGGAGACCCGAAGUCCAACAUCGCCUACCACGCAAAAGCCUGACCUCAGAUACCCAGCAGCGCUCUCGCCACAUUUGGUCGUCCCACCCCACCAGACUCGACGAAAGAGUAGCCCACCAAAUCCUCGUCAGGAAAGUCCAGCAUCAGAUGUAUCCCCGAAUUCCUCCCGCUGGAGCAACAAGAAGCUCAACAAGCGCCCUCAAUCCAUGCAGCCUGAACCCGUCUACACUGUGCAAGCCUUCCGUUCUCCUAGCGAACAGCUGCGAAUCCCUGCACCAUCAGUUGAAGCGAGACGUAAACUCGAGGAGCGAGUGGAUCAGUUCCCUGUAGCUUCGAUUCCAAACACGUAUGUAGGCCAACUUGGACUGAGACGUAGUUCUAGCAAGGAGACACUUGGGACGAUCUUCUCUGUUGGGUCAGCUGAGGUGAGAGAAGAGGUGAGCUUUGCAAGACUGCAGAGUUCAUUGCCCGCUGUACCGACACAACCAACUAUCCACGAGGAUCCAACACCUUCACCCACUUUCAUCCACAGAGAGGAAUUCGGCGCACAGGAGCCAUAUCAGCGUCCACACGACAAUGCGCUCCCUCGUCUACCUGGGAACAGGAAAGAUCUGCCUACAAGCAAUGUCGUAGCUCGAACCGAAUUCAACAGACGAAACACCUACCAAGCUCCCCUCCCAGCCCUUCCUCCAGCAGAAGAAUGGACCCGCAGAUCCAUGCAAUCCACUCCCCACGAGAGAAGCCAGAGCAGAACACGCACCCAAGCCGACUUCGAAUCCCACAUCACCUCCUUCAACACCGUAUCCACCUCCCUCGGGCGCUCACCCUACGACGCGGCGUUGUCAGGCACCCCUACCCCGCGGAAAAGCACACCAUCCUCCUCCUCCAUUCGAGAAGACGAGCGCGCGAAAUCCAUGACCACACAACUCGCAGCCGACUCCGCCUCCGCCUUCGCUGCGAGAUUCACCGUCCAGCGAACCGUGAGUGGUGAGUCCACAGGGACGGUGAUCCGUUCUCGGAAGAGCUACGACUCCAUCGCGAAUGGGAACCCGUUUCUCGAGCCUGAAAAUGUCAGUAACAGCACCAGCAUCAGCAGCGGUAGUAAUAGAAGUGAACGGAUCCGUGGACGACCGCCUCAAGCGCACGCUAAGUUCAAUAAGACGAUGAAACGGCAGUCCAGUCCCGCACUGAUCUCGUCGUACACGGGGACGGGGAGGAGGGAGGCGUCUCCUGCUCCUGCGGCUGGGGGUGAGCGUUUUGAUUCCUGGGGAUGGAAUCAGGAUUGUGAUGCUAGUGGGAUGGGGAUUGGGGUUACUGGGGAGGAAGAUGAGCGUAGAUUCUCGACUCUUUCGUCGCUGGUGAGGAAGACGAGGUCGCCUCCGCCGGUGAGUAUGACUACCCAGCGGAAAGUCACGCCUACGCCGCUUGGUGCGCAUAAUAUCGUUCCGUUGUCGAGAACACCACCUAUACCUAUUUCUAUGUCUGGACAUGGACAUGGACAAACUCAUGCCGCACCAGCACCAGCCCGCGGAGGUCCUCAAAUCCCAGGACAUUUCACAGCUCCUCCUCACCAGAAGCGAGAAGCGGAGCCGAACCGCGGCCCGGAAUGGAACUGGAACCAACCGGCGAACUUCUGGGCUGAGCGUCGUAAAUCUGCUGGUGAGGCGCUGAGGGGGGUGCAGACGAGGAGGAGUAUGGAGACGGAAAGGGAGAUGGAAGGGAGACCUGAGUUGAAGUUGAGGGAGAGGAAGAGUAUGGAUGCGUAUACGUACCGGCUUUUGCAAGCUUCUGCUUCUGCUUCUGCUUCUGCUUCUGCUUCUGCUUCUGCUUCUGCUUCUGCACAAGGGCGAGGGCAGGAGUCGAUUCCAGCUUCAGCUCCGGGUUCGCAGCAGGAGGUGAGGGUUAGGCCGAGGAAGAGUUUGGAUGGGGGUGCGGAGAGGGAGAGGGAGGGGUUUGGUUUGACUGGGAAUGGGGCUGCUGCAGCACGACCGGUGUUAGGGGCGGGGUAUAGGAGUUUUGAUGCCAGCCAGGGCAAUGGGAGCGGAAAUGGGAGUGGGAAUGGGAGUGGGAGUGGGAGUUCGAACGGCAGGAAAGGAUGGAAUGUUGGUGUGGGAUAUGAGAAUUUCACGUAUACCCCUCAUCCACACGCACACCCCCACGGACAUGCCAAUCCACAAGCACAAGCCCACCCAUCAUGGGUAGAUGAUGGUGCGGUACGAACACGGACCACUGCGUCGUAUCACUCCCAAUCUCAAUCUCAAUCCCAGUACCAAUCUCGGUACCAAUCUCAAACCCAGACGCAAAACCAGACGCAAGAAUACGACCACGCAUACGGCACCCAGUUCUCCUCAUCCUCAUCCUCGCACUAUAAUAAAGAGAACAUCCACUCUCAGGAGGAGUAUUACGACCAGGCUGCUUCUCACGCCCAAUAUGAGCAGAACCAGUAUGAGAUGAAUAACCACCUUCCUGAGAGAAUCCACCGAAGGAAAACUUCGACGAGUGAGAUGCUGGUGUUGGAUCGGUUUGCUGGUGCUGGUGCUGGUGCUGGUGGGUUGGAGUAUGGGUAUGGGUAUGGGGUGCGGGCUUGAGGGGUUGAGAGGGCUGGAGAAGAUGGUAGGGGGUGGGAGUGGUGAAGAUUCAGGAGGCAAGAGGUGCAUUUGAGUGUUGUGCCGGUUCUGGUGCCAAGAGUUGGGAGUAGAUGGAGAGGAGGAAGUUGGGAGUUUGGAUGUGGGAGAGAGGAUUGGUGGGAGAACAGGAGGAUUGAAGAUUGAGCUUUGAGCGCAUAUAUACCCGGCGUUAUUUUUGGAUCUAUAUAUAUAUUUCAACACUACGAUCAGCAGAGUAGCAACACCAUUCGGGACGAUUUGACCAUUUAAAUUGGGGGCGCUUCAGAAUAUGAUGGUCAGCAUACGCCAGCAGAGCGAAACACAACAACAAACAGCAGCACGUAUUCAGCAUAUGCAUCCAGAUUCACAGCAACAUCCGCAUUGGGAUUGGGUAUACCUACCUUCCGUCCUCUCAGCCAGGAAACAGAAAACUGGAAACAAAGUCCUUGCCUCAACUUGGACUACAGGGCGGAAUAUAAAGACAAGUACUUCAUUGGAAGUGUAAUCGCCUGAGCUCUUGGAAAUUUGAUAUUGCGAGGAUCGGAACAGAGCAAACUGGGAAUUAGGAAUUGGGAAUUUGGGAAUUUGGGAUUUUGGGAAUUGGGAAUUUGGGAGUAUACGAUUUUAUGACUUUACUUCUAAUUUAGCGAAACCUUGGGGGAAAUCUGGGGUUGUAUAUAAGAUGGAUAGCCAAGGUCAAGGCCGUGUAUUUAUAGAUAAUCGAUGAGUGAGCAAAAAGGUUGAGAAUAGUGAAAUGAUUGGUUAAAGAAAAAUAAAC